CUGUUUGCAGGCCCUGCUCGUCACGACUGGAUGCUGGUCCCGAAGAUCAAGGCCGAGACGUGCGGUGUCGAGUACGGCGAGGAUCCCGACGAUGCCUGGGGCGAGCGUCCGGGGCUGUUGAACACCGAGACCUAUUCGGUCCCCGGCCGUGGCGGCCGUGGCGGGGAGGGCUCCGAGGACCUCGCCAAGGCCCUCGAGGUCGUCGCCGACGCGGUGCUUCCUGAACAGGAGCGUGGCCAGAGUCCUAGCACCAGUAGCUCUCCGCAGGGAGACUUGCCUAACCACGGCAGUGCGGGGUUCAAGUGUAAAUACUGCAGUAAAACGCUGGUUAGGAAAUCCACCCUGCAAGAUCAUCUACGUGUACACACUGGCGAAAAGCCAUUUAGAUGUAAAACGUGCCAGCAGUGCUUUACCCAAAAGAGUAACCUGACUAGGCACAUCAGGACACACACGGGCGAGAAACCAUAUCAGUGUCCCUUUUGCGAGCACCGUUUUUCCGAUCGUACUGCGCACGCCCAGCACAUCAGGUUACACCACACUGGGGAAAGACCCUAUGAAUGCGACAUCUGCAAGCAACGCUUUGCCAUUAAAAGAAAACUCAGGAUUCACAUGAAGACUCACAGUUCAGAAGCCACACAAGUGUUGUUAUAGUGUGUGUAAAUGUGUGUGUUACUAUUGGUGUGUGAAACGUAUUGUCUAUCUAAUCGCAUAAUGAGUAUAUCUCCAAACUCAGCAAAGUUUAAAUCAAACGGCAGAUUCAUUGGGCCUUUUUUUUUGUAAUUUGAAUUUUUUUAUUGUAGUGGACAGGCACAGUCAGUAGAUAAUGCAAUUUUCGUCCAGUACAUGUUACAUUUAAGUGCCGAAAGGCAUUCUUCUUUGGCAGUGUAGCCGAGUGUCGUAAAGUUGUAAAAAAAAAAAAAAAAAUCUCAGAGGGGUAUUUUUUUGGAUUAGGGUAAGUUAGCCGUAGAAAGUGUUCGUAGUACCAUUUUAAUUAAUACGUAAGCUUAGAGUCUUUAACUCAAAGUACAGUAGUUGUUUUAGCUUUCCUCGUUAUUCACUGACCUUUUACGGUAAAGAAUACAACCUGGCUGUAUAUACUUUCCACUUUUGGGAAUUUGAGGCGAGAAACCAUUUCAGUGUCACAUUUGCGAGCAGCGGUUUACAGAUCAAAGUACCGCGCCAACCACACGAGGACACACACUGGCGAAAAACCUUAUGGGUGUAGCUUCUGCAUUGAGCGUUUCACUCAUAGGAACACCUUUGUUCGGCACAUGGCCUCACAUACCGGUGAGAGGCCAUUCAAUUGUGAUCAGUGUGGAUCCUGUUUUGCUGAGAAACGUGGCCUCGAUAAACACGUCCGAACCCAACACUUUCAAAAUCGAAUGGUAGAUUAAU